UUUCGUGUGCUUUUUAUUUUUAUUUAUUUAUUUUUUUAGUAAUCGAUUUGCACGGUCGUGCAUCUGCUUACAGUCCGCAAUAUGACACUAAUCUUUGUGCUACGUUAGAUUGGAGCAGGUACGGGGAAAUGAUAUCAGUGCGUAUUCUUUUUUUUUUCCAUCAAGGGAUCAGUGUUCAUGUGUGGGAAGGAGAAGGAGUGUGUGGGAGCGUGUCUGCAGGUUUCUGGGUAGCUGGCUCUCCUCAUUUCCCUCGUCACUGAGUGGUUCUGAGAGGACACGUGAUGGAUUAAAGACCAUGACUGGUGUCUCUUUAUGUCCUUGAUUCUGAUAUCGGUGUCCGGGAGACUCAAGGGAAGGGUGUCUCGCCACUGAGCCUCAUGGUCUGGGACGGAGUGAAUACUGAGGCAACGCUUAACGAAAUUAUUGGACACACUUCUAAUAGUUUCAUUCUGUGAACAGAUUUUCUUUUAGCUGUGAUUGAGACGCAUAUCACUCGUGUUCAUUUUAACAGACAAGCAAGGAGGAGCUUGUAGAGCAGGAGCUCUUUGCUAACCACGCAUCGAGGCCCCACGCACCGCCUUGGAGAGCGAGAGCGUCCGAAGGGAGCGGGAGGGAGGGGAGCACCGAGGCCCGCCGCCGCUUCUAACCGCCGGCCGCCUCAGUCUCUCGCUGCCUUCAGCAGAGCACGGCUGGACUCCUGCUCCCCUGAAGCCAGCCUUCGACUCUUGUUCUGACAACUUCAAUAUUUAUUGACCUCGCCUGUUCAAAAUGUGAUAGCGAUCAAUAAGCAACAUGUGAAGCUCGCCGCGAGGCUGGUUGUUGUUCGUGGCUAAACGCGAGGAAAUAAUGAUAAAGUUUCUGCGAACUUUAUAAAUCGAAUUUGAAUUUUUUUAGGAUUUUCUCAAAUAAUAUCUACAGGGAGAAGAGCUGGGGCCCGUGUGGGCCAUCCAGAUUGUGGGUGAAUAAUGCUUCAACAUGGAACCAUUCAUAUCAAAGUUUUGAUUAUAACACACAAAAGUUGACAAACUCGACUCAUAGUUUCUGUUCUUCAAAGUUCGCCCCAAAAGACACGAUGAACGUCUCGUACCCUUACGUGAUAGACUCGAACUGCACGCUAGCGGGUCUCACUGCCUUCGAGUUGCUGAAUGAGUCGACAUGGGAUCCGUUGCAGAACGUGAGUCUGGAGGAAGAUGCAGACUUCAUGAACUGCUCCUACCUGAGGCACAUCGUGAACCUGAAUUGCUCGAGCACCGACCACUUGUGCCGCUGUACCCGCGACAUAUAUUGGUCUUACUGCUCCGAGACGCCCGCCUACUACUCGUACAUCUACCGCAUCAUCGGAACGCUGUUCCAAGGCAUCAUCCUGGUGAUCGGCGUGAUCGGCAACGUGAUGGUGGUGAUCGUGGUGGCCAAGAACAAGAACAUGACCACGCCCACUAACUGUUACCUCGUCAGCCUUGCCAUUGCCGACUGUGCCGUGCUCAUAGCCGCCGUUCCCCAAGAGAUCGUCAGUUACUACCUCAUCGGUAAUCACUGGAUCUGGGGGCGGGUGGGGUGUGCCAUCAUGAUCUUCCUGCAACACCUGGGGAUCAACGCGAGUUCCCUGAGCCUGACGGCCUUCACGGUGGAACGCUACAUUGCCAUUUGCCACCCGAUGAAGGCACAGACAGUAUGCACGGUGGAACGCGCCAAAAAGAUCACACUGCUGGUGUGGGUGUUCGCGACGUGUUAUUGCUCGCCGUGGCUCUACCUCACCACUGUCGUCCCCCAAACCUACGCCGUCGACUACCCCACCGAGGAGUGUACAUUCAAGCUGUCCAGAGACCAGUACUUCCUCUACUACUUCCUCGACAUCAUCGUGUUCUACAUAGUGCCGCUGCUGCUGUCGUGCGUGCUGUACACCCUCAUAGCCAGGAUACUGUUCACCUCGCAGGUCCCCAAGAAUCCCACAGUCAACGGACACCACGACAAGAAGAGGGUCAGCUCCCCGCGUGUCCAGGUGGUCAAGAUGUUGGUGGUGGUGGUGGCCAUCUUUGCGACGCUGUGGCUCCCCUACCGCACCCUCCUCGUCUACAACUCAGUGCUUGCCAUGUUUGGCCACAGCACCUACAAGGAUUUGUGGUACCUGCUCUUCGCUAAAACCUGCAUCUUUAUCAACAGCGCCAUCAACCCAAUCCUGUACAACGCUCUCUCUGUCAAGUUCAGGAGAGCCUUCAAACGCAUGCUGUCUUGUGGUAAGCCACGCCCCGAACAGUGGGCCAUGACGAUGUUCUACAGUGAGGGCGGGAAGCGGCCUGCCUCGCGCAUCACGGGGGGCGUGGCGGUGGGGGGCAGAGGGCCAGGCUCCACGCGGACACGAGGCAGCCUGGGCAUCGGAAGGAGUCGUCCUCGCCGCGCCAACCAUACCCACCCAGCAGCAACAGACAGACCCCUACCAUGGACACGCCGCUCAACCCCCCUCCACCUCCGUUACCAUGGACCCCUAGAGACCUCCGCAGUCCCAGUGUGGUGCCUCGGGUCACAGGUCUUAGCCUCACUAACAAUGUCCUCCCACCGGCACUUCCUUCACGUGGCGUAGCUUGUCCCCAUUGGUUCCAGUGCUGUUGUUGAGGGUAUGCAUGAGACUGACCACUUCAUUGCUGUGUUCAUUAUCAUACACCUUGCGUGCGUCGCCUCUCAUCCAUCGUAUCAUGUCUAGUUGGCGGUGUGUAUUUUCGUGUUAGGUCAUUGUGGGAGGAGGAAAGAGUGAACGUGUAAAAAGGAUGGGAGAGAGAGAGAGAGAGAGAGAGAGAGAGAGAGAGAGAGAGAGAGAGAGAGAGAGAGAGAGAGAGAGAGAGAGAGAGAGAGAGAGAGAUUGUGUUGUUUUUGUUUACGUGUGUCUCUCUCUCUCUCUGUUUGUGUGUGUGUGUGUGUGUGUGUGUGUGUGUGUGUGUGUGUGUGUGUGUGUGUGUGUGUGUGUGUGUGUGUGUGUGUCAAUGAAUAUAAUUGUGGGUCUUCCGUUUCUUUGAUGAAAAAAAAAAAGUUCAUACAUAAAACAAGCAAGGUUCUCCAAGACCUUCCAGAGUCAACAUCAAUAAGGAGAAAUAAACAGACUCACUUCCUAUCAUUUCCUACAUCCUUCCUCUCUUGACCACUUCAAUUCAAGCAGCGCCUUCCUUCAGAUGAAGUAUUGAAUCAUCAACGUUUGUAAUACGUCUCUCUUGCUAAAAAAUAAAUAAAUAAAUAAAUAAAUAGAUAAAAAUAA